GCGGUCUGGCCGUCGUCGAGAGCGGAAGCGGAAACUCGGCCAUCUCCUCCUCGCUGCUCCGUUUAGGGUAGACCAGGGUCAGUCCAGACGCUCCAAUUCGGAUCUUUUUCUCGAGCCGACUCGUCACCAAUGUGGCCCACGUUUUGUUUUUUCGUGUGACCGCGUCACACUCGGCCCUGCUCCUCAUGCCGGGCCUGCUCGCGCCGUUUGGCAGUCCUACUGGCCAACUAGCAUUGGCUAGCUUGCUAGCUAAUCUCUCCUAGCCGCAAGCUGCAAGUUAUACCUUUGACCACUCACCGUCUUCAUCUCGCGAGCCAAUGUUGCCACGGGAAGAAAAAAGACACAGCUCGCUGUGAAUGAGUGGCGCGCCAGCACGCGUACCAAGAGAAGCCCCGAUUCUGCAUUAUUCUUGUGUAACAGCCGCUCCUCAGAUUCCAGCACAGCUCGACGGCCCGACGGUUGCCAUGUCGACCUCAUCGCUACGGCGACAAGUGAAGAACAUUGUCCACAACUAUUCAGAGGCUGAAAUCAAGGUCCGAGAAGCCACGUCCAAUGACCCAUGGGGCCCCAGCAGCUCUCUGAUGUCAGAGAUAGCCGAUCUGACGUACAAUGUUGUGGCCUUCUCCGAAAUCAUGAGCAUGGUGUGGAAGCGGCUCAAUGACCACGGCAAGAACUGGAGGCACGUGUACAAGGCCAUGACUCUUAUGGAAUAUCUGAUCAAGACGGGUUCAGAGCGGGUCGCCCAGCAAUGCCGAGAGAACAUAUACGCGGUCCAGACCCUCAAGGAUUUCCAGUACAUCGACCGGGACGGCAAAGACCAGGGCGUGAAUGUGCGCGAGAAAGCCAAGCAGCUGGUGAUCCUGCUGAAAGACGAAGAGAGACUAAGAGAGGAGAGGAUCCACGCCCUCAAAACCAAAGAGAAGAUGGCACAGACCUCCAGUGCUUCUUCGGCGCCGUCGGCGCCCAACCUGGGGGGCAGCCUGUCGCUGGGCUCCCACUCUGGCGGCGCCGACCCUGAGCAGGCGUGGCCCCAGAGUUCCGGCGAGGAGGACCUGCAGCUUCAACUGGCUUUGGCCAUGAGUAAAGAAGAAGCCGAGCAGACUAGCAAGGACCCCCUGGAGGACGCGGAGAUCCGCUAUGCAAUCACACUCAGCAAAGAGAUGCUUCAAGAGGAGGAACGACUGCGCAGAGGCGACGACUUGCGACUGCAGAUGGCCAUCGAGGAGAGCAAGAGGGAGAAAGCCAAACCAGAAGAGAGCGCCCUCAUGGAACUGAGUGCCGUGGCCCCCUGGGGGCCCCCUCCCGUCGCCGCCGCUCCCGUCCCCGCCGUGGGCUCAGCCGGCCCUUCCCCUCCGCCCUCCCUUCCCAUCGCCCCUUCGGGACCAUGGGGUACGUCCGCCGCAGACCCUUGGGGCGUAGCCUCGCCCGCCUCCCCAACCAGCUCCGAUCCCUGGGCCGGAGGGCCGCCGCAGACCGUAGCCCCUCCCCCGGACCCCUGGGGAGAGACCUCCAACAGAGUGAACAACGCGGACCCCUGGGGAAGCUCAGCCGUGACACCCCCCGGUGUCGACCCCUGGGGCCCUUCAGUGCCACCCAGCACUUCCUCCUCAGGGGGCCCAGUAGACCCCUGGGCGAAGGACGUGCCCCUCCCUGCCUCUGACCCAAUCACACCCGACAUCUGGAGUGACUGCGCCAAACACACAAACGGCACAGGAGACCCCGAGCGACGAGGGUCCUCUGCGGCGGGCUGCAACAGCACGGGCUCGCCCGUACCCUUUGACCUCUCCUCCAUCGGCUCCUCCCUUCCCGUUCGCAAGACUCCCGAGUCUUUCCUCGGGCCCAACGCGGCUCUGGUUGAUCUCGACUCGCUGGUGUCGUCCAAGCCCAAACCCAAACAGCCGCCGCCACCUUCCAUCUCCUCAUCGUCGGCGCACAAUCCCUUCCUCCAGAACACGGGCUCCUCCCCAGCACCCAACAUGGCCGUGACCCCGGGCAGCUCCAUUUCCAGCCGCGGCGUCUCUCCGACCCCGGCCUCUUCCAACCCUUUCGGCGCGGCCGCGGCCAUGACCUCCAUCUCGCCUCAGCCCUCGUCGCUGGGCUUGAGCGGCCUUCGCACCAGCCCCGUGCCUCCCAACCCCUUGCUGGGCGUGCCGCCCCCCGCGAUGGCCCUGGGCCCCCUGAGCAUGGGGCCGCCGGUCACGGGCCUGGGUAUGAUGCAGGCCGGCCCCGUGGGCGUGGGCUACGGCGGGCUCUCCCCGAUGGCGCCGCCCGGCUCCGCGAUGCUGGGCCCCGGAGGGCUCGCGCCUCCUCAGCUGAUUUUGGGCGGGCCCGGCAGAGCGGGAGGAGUGAUGGGCGCGGGGGGUGCGGUGGGCGGCGCCGGAACGGCGGGGGCCAGCACCAACCCGUUUCUUCUUUGAGAACAGCCGUUUCAACCUCCUCUGUCGUCACCUGCUGCUCCCUUUUUAGUCAACACGCGAUAUUUAAAAGAAAAUCGGAUUUCUGUCUGUCCGGAAAGCAUUUCACUGGGGAUUCAUUUCACCACAUUCAUUUCAAGAGGGGGGUUAUUUUGGGGGCCCAGAGGGAAAUAGAAGAUCUAUUUAUUUUCUCAUCCUUCUCUUCCGCGUGAAGCGCACGUCUAACAUUGGCGCACAAGGAGAGAGAGAGAGAGAGAGGAAAAAGCGGCCGCCGAGGACAAAUAUCAAACCCAAGGGGGAAACUCUGCCGCCUCUCCCUCGAUAAACGCUGAAUCUGUGAGAGCAAAUGCACACCUGAAGAAUGAUUUUUAAUAAGCUGCACAUGGACUGAAGAAGGAAAGACAAAAAAAAAAAAAAAAGCCGGGUACAAUGUGGUCAAAUCAUUUCAGUUAAUUUAAGUCUAAUUUAUUCUACUUUUGUCCACUUUUUGGGAACAAUUAAGGAAAAUCAAAUGUGAUCAUGCCAUAUAUAAAUAAAUGAAAUGCUUAUUUUCCUUAUUUCCUAAUUUGCUGUGGAAGCUGAAUCGGUGCCCCUGGCCGAACUGUGAGCGAUGUGUGCGAAAAGUGACGCAAGUGUGCGAGAUGACAAACGCUUAUUUGUGCAAGACUGAAAUAUUUCCAAUGCCUUUCUGUGUACGUGUUUCACCGUCGCCCUUCUUUUCUUUUCUGUUUUGUCUUGUUUCAGUGACUCACUCAACAGAAGAGAUUUGCAGCCGUUGAUUAUUUGUUUUUAAAGUCUAACCUGUAUUAUUGCUCCGCAAUGUUGGAAAUUUCAAAUGAGCGAUGAUUGAGGGUCGCACAUUUGACUGCCAAUCCGAUUUCAUUUUUGAUCAUCCGCUACAUUUCAAUCCCGUUUGUACGUCUCCCGAAAAGCUGCACUGCCCUCGUUUGGGCCCGCUGUGCUGUUGGGAAUAGACAUUGAUAAAAUGAAUGAGUGGAGAAGAUGAUGCCCCCCCCCCCCCAAAAAAAAAGACUUGACAACAUGCUCCAUGCGGUUCUUUUAAUUUACACAUUUUAUAUCAACAAGAAAAAAAAAAUCUUAUACUGGGUAAUUGUGUUGCUUGUGAACAUUCACAUUUGACAAGUAAAAUGAAAACGAAAUGUAUGAAAUCUAACAAAAAGCAAACAGGAUGGGGGAGGGGGCGUUAUGGUUGGUUUCAUGCUUGUGCUGUACUUCAAUGUCUUUCUCCUAUUUGCAAUUUUUACUGCUGCAGAGUACAAUAAUGUGACAAGAAUAAAUGUAUAUUUUAUUUUCCUUGA